AUGGCGCCCAACAACCCCCACCUCAAAAGCCACAGACGACGAAACGGCGAGCUCGCUGCCGCCGACCCCGAGAAGGAGAAGUUCGCCCUGGAGGCCAAGUAUCCCGGACGUGAGGCCCGGCCCGGCAUGGAGCACUGCAAGCAGCUGUCUGAUGUUCUCUACAGCCGCUGGACGGACGGUCUGCGCCUGCGCUGGCCGGCUGUGUGA